AUGGACACAGUGGACUCGGGGGCCACCUCGGAGGUAGAGGACCAGUCGAAGACCUGGGGCUCUGAUGCUCGCACGAUCAUCUCGCAUGUAGUGGACGAUGCCAGCAGCGCCCAUCCGCAGAGCGACUGUGGUAUCGGCCACCGGGUGCUGGCGAGCCGCUCGGUCCUGGCCUUGGUCAUUGACGAGGAGUGUGUUUUUGCGGGUUUGCAGGGUGGAGACAUUGUGGCCUGGUCCCUUGCGACAUACGACCUGGUUCUAUCCGUGCAUGCCCACGAGGAGAGCGUUCUAGGCCUCUACCUGUCUGAAGAUGGCAGUUUGCUCUUCUCCAGUGGCGGGGAUUCCGUUAUCAACGUAUGGUCAACGAGGACUUUUGAACGGCUGUACUCGAUCUACUCCCACCAUGACGUGGGCGACAUCUUCUCGGUGGUUUAUUCAUCGAGUAACCAGACCAUCUACUGCGGUGCUCAGAACACCAGUAUCCAAUGGUGCGACCUGUCGGAAGAAGGGUCGCUGAACCAAACAUCGGCGGCUCACCCGUCCAAGCGGACCCAUCGCUUCUUCGACUCACGAGGCCCAGAUGGGACCCGCGCACCGCGCUGGUCCGACGGCGCCCACUCCAUGUCAGAGGGUGGCAAAGCCCUGACCUUCAAGCGGGACCGCCACAAUCUUUUCGCCCACCAUGGCUAUGUCUAUUCAAUGCUACUUGUGAAGGGUUUGAUUGAAUCGGCACCCUCCGAGGAGGCCCUGUUGACUGGCGCCGGAGAUGGCGUAGUUAAGUUAUGGCGUCUUGGCCAAGAACCCGGCGCCGCGCCGACGCAAAUUGCCAAAUUGCAGAACGGAGACCCGGUGCUCUCGAUCGCGGUCGAAGGAUCGCUCCUCUACUGUGGCCUUGCGGGUGGCGCCCUCAAUAUCUGGAACCUCGACUCCCAUCAACUUGUCAAGCGGAUCGCGCAGCACACUGGGGACUUGUGGGCGGUCCAUGUUAUCCAGGGGGUUGCUAUCUGUGGUGAUUCGACUGGAACAGUCAAGAAAUUCAACUCCCGGUUUGAAGAAGUCGGCGGUUGGGUUGCCCAUGAGGGCACCAUGCUCGCUUCCGCUGCCGGCCGCGUCAAGGAUCGACAAAUCUACGCCACCGGUGGAAAUGACAACAGUGUCGGGAUUUGGGACCUGACAGAGUUCUUCCUUGGCCAGGAGGAGCUACCUCCCAUCAGCAAUGAUGAAAUGGUGAAUGCUCUUGCCAAAUUUGUCUCUUUCAAGACCAUCUCCGCAAGCCCCAAAUUCACAGGAGAAUGCAACCAAGGUGCUGCAUUCCUUCGUCGGCACUGCAACUACCUUGGCGCUAAGACCAAGCUCUUAACGACGGGCGACGAUACCAACCCCAUCGUCUAUGCCCGAUUCAACGCUACAUCGCCUGAUAAGGUUGAGAAGACGAUCCUCUUCUAUGGCCAUUAUGAUAUAGUUGGGGCCGAUACGAACCGAGUCAAAUGGAAAUCUGACCCGUACCAACUCACUUCGAUCAAUGGAUUCCUGUAUGGUCGUGGUGUGUCAGAUAACAAGGGUCCCAUCUUGGCCUCUCUCUACGCCGCGGCAGACCUUGCCCGCACAAAGUCACUUCGCUGCAAUGUCGUGUUUCUCAUCGAAGGCGAAGAAGAGUCUGGCUCUCAGGGCUUCCAUCAGACCGUGCGAGAGCACAAGGCCCAGAUCGGACCCGUGGACUGGAUUCUGUUGGCGAACAGCUACUGGCUGGAUGACUAUAACCCCUGCUUGACUUAUGGGCUGCGCGGUGUAGUUCAUGCCAACUUGGUAGUGACCAGUGAGCACCCUGAUCUCCAUAGUGGUAUUGAUGGCAGUGCGCUGCUGGAUGAACCCGUCAAGGAUCUUUCGAUCCUGGUGUCUACCUUGGUCGGACGCAAGGGCAAGAUCAACCUGCCUGGCUUCCAUGACCCGGUCCGGCCCCUGACAGAGGCCGAGCAGAAGCGAUUCGAGGCGAUUGCCGAUGUCUUGCUACCUCAGCACCCCGAGAUCCCCGACAGCCAAGCCCUGAUCAAGUCGCUGAUGUACCGUUGGCGCGAGCCAUCGCUUACCGUCCACUCGAUGGAAGUGCCCGGCAGCAGGAGCGGCACGACCACCAUUGCCCGCCGGGCCAAAGCAAGCGUCUCCAUCCGCAUUGUCCCGGAUCAACAGGCCGACGAGGUCGCCGCCAACCUGACAGCCUUUGCGCAGGAGCAAUUCGAUCUCCUCGAAUCCCAGAACGAACUCACCGUGGAAAUCACCGGAAAAUCCGAUGCCUGGCUCGGAGACCCGGAGAACGAGAUUUUCGCCACGCUCUCCGAGGCCAUCACCGCCGCAUGGACCCGCGACCAGCAGACCUCGAAAUACCAGUAUCCCGCUCCCCAACCCAGCACCGGCCGCACCACCCCGACUCCCACACCCGCUGGCCCCGCCAGCCAACUCCUGCGCAAAGACUCCUCCGACAGUCUCGCCUCCCACGUCGAUCGGGUCAUCACGUCCACAACCACCUCCUCCGGGGGCAGAGCGGCCGCCCGCAAGCGCGCUGCCCAAGGCACCGCGCCCGUCCCGACCUCCUCCACCCUCGCCAAGUCCGCUUCCACACCCUCCGACGACUCUACCACCCUCCCCAUUCGAGCCAAACCAGACCAGCAGCCAUCCUCGACCGCCAAACCCGACGCCCUCGCCUCUGCGGCACCCGUGCACCCCAUUUUCAUCCGUGAGGGUGGCUCCAUCCCGACCAUCCGCUUCCUGGAGAAGGAGUUCUCGGCGCCCGCGGCGAAUCUACCCUGUGGGCAGGCUAGUGAUAAUGCCCAUUUGGAUAAUGAGCGUAUGCGGGUUGAGAAUCUGUAUAAGAGUCGGGAGAUAUUCCGGUAUGUGUUUGCGCACUUGGUUGAUAAGACGUGA